GAGCGCCUCCGCCGCUCUCCGGUAACUUCCGGCCGGCGCCGCCUCCCCGGGCCCGGACCCAGCGGCCCCGGCGCGGCCCGGGAGGCCCCGCAGCGGCUCCGAGCCCCGCCCCGGGCCCGUCCCGGCCCCUCCGCACCCCGGGCAGCCCCGGGGCCGCCGUGCCGCCGUUGCCCCGGGCAGCUCCCGGGGAUCGCCGCCGAGCGCAGCGGGCGGGGCUGCCAGGGGGGCCCCCCGUGAGGGGGGGGGUUGGUUCUCCCGGGCCAUGGAGCUCGGUAAGGGCAAGGCGGCGGCGGCGGGGAAGCUGCUGCUGAGCUCGCUGCUGGACUGCAAGGAUGAGCUGGAGGAGGUGGGGACACCGGGAACACCGGGAAUACCGGGAACACCGGGACAGCAGGGACACCGGGAGCGGGCUGGCAGCGGGAACGGUUCCCGGGGGUCCGGGGAUGCUCCUGCUCCCAGAUCCGCCGGUCCAAAAUUCCCAAAAUCCCCUCAAUCCCCGCCGGGUGUGCCCGGAGCUUCCCGGGAUCUGGGGAUGCUCCUGGUGCCAAAUUCCCCCAAAAUCCCCCAAAUUCCCAAAAUUCCCAAAAUCCCCAUCUGCAAAGGGACCCCCCAGCACGAGGAGAUCUGCCUGGGGCUCUUCACCCUCGUCCUGACUGACCCAGCCCAGGCGCAGAAGUGCUACCGGGACCUGGCGCUGGUGAGCCGGGACGGGAUGAACAUCGUGCUCAACAAGAUCAACCACAUCCUCAUGGAGAAGUACCUGAAGCUGCAGGACACCUGCAGGACCCAGCUGGUGUGGCUGCUCCGGGAGCUGGUGAAGAGCGGGGUGCUGGGAGCUGAUGGAGUCUGCAUGACCUUCAUGAAGCAGAUUGCAGGUGGGGACGUGACUGCCAAGAACAUCUGGCUGGCCGAGAACGUUCUGGAGAUCCUGACAGAGCAAAGGAAUUCCCUAAAAUCCGGGAUUGCCCCGUGUGCCAUGGAGCUGCUCCAGCCUUUGUCCAGCUGGAUUUGUCCUGGGGUUGUUGUUCCUGGGAUCCAGAGCCAGCAGGAGCCACCUGAGCUGGAUUUUCCAGUGUUUAUCAAUUCCAUGUCCAUCACCAAUUUCAUGGACUGUUUCAUGAUCGGCCGGGACCUGGUGCGCUUGCUGCAGAACGUGGCGCGGAUCCCGGAGUUCGAGCAGCUCUGGAAGGACAUCCUGCACAACCCGCAGGUGCUCAGCUCCCAGUUCACAGGUGUGCUGCAGCUCCUGCAGUCCAGGACCUCCCGCAAGUUCCUGGCGUGCCGCCUCACCCCGGACAUGGAGACCAAGCUGCUCUUCAUGACCUCACGGGUGCGCUUUGGGCAGCAGAAGCGUUACCAGGACUGGUUCCAGCGGCAGUACCUGUCCACCCCUGACAGCCAGUCCCUGCGCUGUGACCUGAUCCGCUACAUCUGCGGCGUGGUGCACCCGUCCAACGAGGUGCUGAGCUCUGACAUCCUGCCCCGCUGGGCCAUCAUCGGCUGGCUGCUCACCACCUGCACGUCGAACGUCGCUGCUUCCAACGCCAAGCUGGCGCUGUUCUACGACUGGCUCUUCUUCAACCCCGAGAAGGACAGCAUCAUGAACAUCGAGCCUGCCAUCCUGGUCAUGCACCACUCCAUGAAGCCCCACCCGGCCAUCACGGCCACGCUGCUGGACUUCAUGUGCCGGAUCAUUCCCAAUUUCUACCCCCCUCUGGAAGCCCACGUCCGCCAGGGCGUCUUCAACUCCCUCACCCACAUCGUGGAGAAGCGAGUCCUGGCGCACCUGGCCCCGCUCUUCGACAACCCCAAGCUGGACAAGGAGCUCCGGGCCAUGCUCAGGGAGAAAUUCCCGGAAUUCUGCAGCUCUCCCUCGCCCCCCAUCGAAGUGAAAAUCGAGGAGCCGGUUCCCAUGGAGAUGGAGAAUCACCUGGAGAAGGAUGACGGUUGCUAUGACAACGCCGAGGCCGCCUUCAGCGACGAUGAGGAGGAGCUGAACAGCAAAGGGAAGAAGAGGGAGUUCAGGUUCCAUCCCAUCAAGGAAUCCAUCGUGGAGGAGCCCGUGGACAUCACCCCCUUCCUGGAGCAGCUGGACGAGUCCCUGAAGGACAAAGUGCUGCAGCUGCAGAAGGGCAGCGACACGGAGGCGCAGUGCGAGGUCAUGCAGGAAAUCGUGGAUCAGGUCCUGGAGGAGGAUUUUGACUCGGAGCAGCUCUCGGUGCUCGCCUCGUGCCUGCAGGAGCUGUUCAAGGCUCACUUCCGCGGGGAGGUCCUGCCCGAGGAGAUCACGGAGGAGUCCCUGGAGGAGUCCGUGGGGAAGCCCCUGUACCUGAUAUUCCGGAACCUGUGCCAGAUGCAGGAGGACAACAGCGGCUUCUCGCUGCUGCUGGACCUGCUCUCCGAGCUCUACCAGAAGCAGCCCAAGAUCGGCUACCACCUGCUCUACUACCUGAGAGCCAGCAAGGCGGCGCUGGGCAGGAUGGGGCUCUACGAGUCGUUCGCCCAGGCCACGCAGCUGGGGGAGCUGCACACGUGCCUGAUGAUGGACAUGAAGGCGUGCCAGGAGGACGACGUGCGCCUGCUCUGCUUCCUCACGCCCUCCAUCUACACCGAGUUUCCCGACGAGACCCUGCGGAGCGGGGAGCUGCUGAACAUGAUCGUGGCUGUCAUCGACUCCUUCCAGCUCCAGGAGCUCGUGUGCCACGUGAUGAUGGGAAACCUGGUCAUGUUCCGCAAGGAUUCCGUGCUGAACAUCCUCAUUCAGAGCCUGGACUGGGAGACCUUUGAGCAGUACUGCACGUGGCAGCUGUUCCUGGCCCACAACAUCCCCCUGGAGACCAUCAUCCCCAUCCUGCAGCACCUCAAGUACAAGGAGCACCCCGAGGCCCUGUCCUGCCUCCUGCUGCAGCUCCGCAGGGAAAAGCCCAGCGAGGAGAUGGUGAAGAUGGUGCUGAGCCGGCCGUGCCACCCCGAGGACCAGUUCACCACCAGCAUCCUGCGGCACUGGGGGCUGCGGCACGACGACCUGCUGGGCGAGCACAUCAAGGCCCUGCUGAUCAAGAACAACAGCCUGCCCCGCAAGAGGCAGAGCCUGCGCAGCUCCAGCAGCAAGCUGGCCCAGCUGACCCUGGAGCAGAUCCUGGAGCACCUGGACAACCUGCGCCUCAACCUCACCAACACCAAGCACAACUUUUUCAGCCAGACCCCGAUCCUGCAGGCGCUGCAGCACGUCCAGGCCAGCUGCGACGAGGCCCACAAGAUGAAGUUCUCGGAUCUCUUCUCCCUGGCCGAGGAAUACGAGGAUUCCUCCAGCAAGCCCCCCAAGAGCCGCCGGAAAGCCACGGCGCUGGCCAGCCCCCGCAGCCGCAAGAGCGCGGCGCAGCCCCCCAACAACGAGGAGGAGUCGGGCUCCAGCAGCGCCUCGGAGGAGGAGGACACCAAACCCAAACCGGCCAAGAGGAAAAGGAAAGGCUCGUCCGCCGUGGGCUCGGACAGUGACUGAGGCUGGGACCCCCCCGGGACCCCCCAGGAUCCCCCGGGACCCCCCGGGACCCCCCAAACCGGUGCCAGCAAAUCCCCACGGCCCUC